AUGGAGAUGAGAUUGAACUCAAGAGAGGACAUGGAAAUAAAACAAGAAGACAACAAAGAUCAUAAUCAAACGACUUCUUUGUACUCGUUGAGACAAAAUCCAAGAAUCGUACGAGUCUCGAGAGCAUUCGGCGGCAAAGACAGACACAGCAAAGUGUUCACAGUUCGUGGUCUUAGAGACAGAAGGAUAAGAUUGUCGGCAGUGACAGCUAUUCAGCUUUACGACCUUCAAGAACGAUUAGGGCUGAGUCAACCUAGCAAAGUCAUUGAUUGGCUAUUAGAAGCUGCCAAAAACGACGUCGAUUUACUUCCUCCUUUGCAUUUCCCACCUAAUCUCACCGGUGCCGGAGAAUGUUUUCCGGGAAUCUUCCAAAGUUUCGAUCUUGGAAGUUGCUCUUCAAGAACUGGUGAUAAUUUGGAUCUUGAGAAAGGAAAAUUCGAUCAAAGGAGUAAUCUUGAUCAUGGGUUUGAUAUCAACCAUCAUUUCUCGAAUUCAAUCCAAAGUAGCAAGAUUUGUUUCCCUACUUCCUUUAGCAGCAGCUCUUAUCAUUACAGCCUCGGACAUCUCCAACAGUCAUUACUGGAUCAAUCUGGUAAUAACGUUACGGUUGCAUUCUCUAAUAAUAAUCUCAAUUCGCCGGCGCCGGAAAGUAUGAGUUCUAUAUUUCCGAGGUACCCUACGUUUCUCGGUGGUGAUCAACUUCAACUCUUUAGCUCGAACUCGAACUCGUUGAAGCAAACCGAUCAUGGCGAGUAA